UUUCUCCUCCCAGUAAACCAAGUCCUCCCCCAGUUGUCUUGGCGCGUUAUAGGCUGUAAGUGCUAAAUCUUGGGCGGCGGGAAGUGCACAGGAGUACACUUAACAGUAGCACUGGUAUUAUCCUUCAGAGGAAGAAUGUCUGGCAUUAAUUCUUCUUGUCCCGGUUCGGUUCUGGGUCCAGUGCAGCAGGGUCUUAAAGAAGCACUUGUAGAGACAUUGACAGGUAUUCUUUCACCGGCACAGGAGGUGCGGUCGGCAGCGGAGGAGCAAGUUAAAGUGCUGGAAGUAACGGAGGAGUUUGGUGUACACUUGGCAGAAUUAACUGUAGAUCCUCAGGGAACACUAGCGAUCCGUCAGCUGGCAUCUGUGAUCCUGAAGCAGUAUGUUGAAACUCAUUGGUGCUCUCAGUCGGAAAAAUUUAGACCACCAGAGACCACAGAGAGGGCCAAAAACAUUAUUAGAGAUCUCUUACCGAAUGGCCUACGAGAAUCUAUUAGUAAGGUCCGAUCGAGUGUUGCUUAUGCCAUAUCAGCAAUUGCACACUGGGACUGGCCUGAAGCAUGGCCGCAACUGUUUAACCUGCUUAUGGAGAUGCUGGUCAGCGGUGAUUUGAAUGCUGUUCAUGGAGCCAUGCGAGUUCUAACAGAAUUCACUCGUGAAGUAACGGAUACACAGAUGCCUCUUGUAGCACCCGUUAUACUUCCAGAGAUGUACAAAAUCUUCACAAUGGCUGAGGUGUACAGUAUUAGGACAAGAUCUCGUGCAGUAGAAAUAUUUACUACUUGUGCCAACUUAAUCUGUGCUAUUGAAGAAGUAGAAAAGGGUGCUGCCAAGGCGCUGAUUUUUCCUGUGGUCCAGCAGUUCACAGAAGCCUUUGUUCAGGCACUGCAAAUGCCAGAUGGCCCUACCUCAGACAGUGGUCUCAAAAUGGAAGUCCUAAAAGCUGUCACUGCUCUUGUGAAGAAUUUCCCUAAGCACAUGAUGUCUUCCAUGCAGCAGAUCCUUCCUAUUGUGUGGAACACUCUUACUGAUAGCGCUGCUUUCUAUGUCAGAACAGAAGUGAAUUACACAGAAGAUGUAGAUGAUCCCGUGGAUUCUGAUGGAGAGGUUCUAGGAUUUGAAAACCUGGUUUUCAGCAUAUUUGAGUUUGUGCAUACCUUGCUUGAAAAGAACAAAUUUAAAAGUACUGUGAAGAAGGCACUCCCUGAACUGAUCUAUUACAUCAUACUGUACAUGCAGAUCACAGAAGAACAGAUUAAAAUGUGGACUGCCAAUCCUCAGCAGUUUGUUGAAGAUGAGGAUGACGACACCUUUUCAUAUUCAGUGAGAAUCUCUGCACAGGAUCUGCUGCUGGCUGUUGCAGCAGAUUUCCAGAAUGAGAGUGCAGCUGCUUUAGCUGCAGCUGCUACCAGACACCUCCAGGAAGCUGAGCAGGCAAAGAAUAGUGGCAACGAACACUGGUGGAAAGUUCACGAAGCUUGUAUGUUGGCUCUGGGAUCUGUGAAGAGCAUCAUUACAGACAGUGUGAAGAAUGGAAGAAUUCAGUUUGAUAUGCAUGGAUUUCUCAGCAAUGUCGUCCUUGCAGACCUCAAUCUUUCAGUGUCUCCUUUCCUUCUGGGCCGUGCUCUUUGGGCUGCUAGUCGUUUUACUGUGGCCAUGUCUCCUGAGCUAAUACAGCAGUUUUUGCGAGCAACAGUCAGUGGUCUGCACGAAACACAGCCCCCAUCUGUACGCAUCUCUGCAGUUAGAGCCAUCUGGGGUUACUGUGACCAACUGAAGAUUUCUGAUAGCACGCAAGUACUGCAACCUUUCCUGCCCAGUAUCCUGGAUGGUUUGAUAAGCCUCGCUACGCAGUUCAGUUCAGAGGUGCUCACCCUUGUUAUGGAAACCCUUUGCAUUGUUUGCACUGUAGAUCCUGCUUUCACAGCCAGCAUGGAAAACAAGAUUUGCCCGCUCACUAUUGCGAUCUUUGUCAAGUACAGUAAUGAUCCUGUUGUGGCUUCUCUAGCCCAGGAUAUCUUCAAAGAACUGGCACAGAUCGAGGCAUGUCAGGCUGCCAUGCAGAUGAGACUGAUUCCUACGUUGGUCAGCAUUAUGCAGGCUCCUUCAGAUAAAAUUCCUUCAGGGCUAUGUGGUACUGCUGUAGAUAUUCUUACCACUGUGGUUCGAAAUACUAAGCCACCACUUUCAGAGAUGCUCAUUUUUCAGGCAUUUCCAGUGGUGGCACAGUGUACAUUGCAUACAGAUGACAAUACUGUCAUGCAGAAUGGAGGCGAGUGCUUGCGAGCCUAUCUCUCUGUAGCCAUGGAACAGAUUGUACAGUGGCAUGAUGAACAAGGUCACAAUGGGCUUUGGUAUAUGAUGCAAGUGGUGAGUCAGUUGCUGGAUCCACGAAUGUCUGAAUGCUCAGCUGCAUUUGUAGGCAGGCUCGUUUCCACACUAAUCUCCAAAGCAGGGACACAGCUGGGUGAUAACCUGGACUUGAUCCUGAGAGCCAUCCUAAGCAAGAUGCAGCAGGCAGAGACGCUAAGUGUGAUGCAGUCCUUGAUUAUGGUAUUUGCCCAUUUGGUGCACUCGCAGCUGGAGCCCUUGCUUGAAUUUUUGAGUAGCCUUCCAGGGCCAACUGGCAAACCUGCUUUAGAAUUUGUGAUGUCAGAAUGGAUGAGCCGGCAGCACUUAUUUUAUGGACAGUAUGAAGGAAAAGUAAGCACUGUAGCACUUUGUAAACUCCUGCAGUAUGGCAUUAACUCCAAUGAUAAACGACUUCAGGACAUCAUAGUAAAGGGGGAUGAGAUCUUCAGUGAUGAUGGAAUCCGUACAAGAUCAAAAGCUGCAAAAAACCCAGAGCGCUGGACAAAUAUACCUUUGUUAGUAAAAGUCUUUAAACUGAUCAUCAACGAAUUAUCGAGUGUCCUGGAAGCAAACACAAGUCGACAAACUACUGCAGAUUGGGGUCAAGAUGACUCCAAUGAUAUGUGGGAUGAAGAGGAUGAUGAGGAGGAAGAUGAAAGUUUACCGGGGCAGAUUUUAUCUGAUUUGCUUUCUGCAAAUAAAUAUGAUGAUAAUUACUAUGAAGAUGAUGAGGAGGAUGACCCUGACGCCUUAAAGGACCCCAUUUAUCAGAUAGAUUUACAGGCUUAUCUGUCGGACUUUCUUCGUCAGCUUGCACAACAGCCUUGCUAUGCUGCGUUUUCAGGUCACCUCAAUGAAAGUGAGAGGAGGAUUCUUCAGACUGUUGGUAUUUAAGCAACAUAGAAUGCAGUGGAACAUUUCAGUCAUUAUGCAAGCCCUGUCCAUGGUUUGUCCCAUGUUUUGAGUCCGUGAAGCACUUGCUGCAGAGCAUAGUUCUUGGUGAGCUUGUCCAAAACAUUGUGCUGCCUUUUGAUGAGACAUCGUUAAAGAAAGGUCUGUUGCUGAGCUGGACAUAAAAGGAAAUUCAGAGUAAAUGUACUAGGAUGCUUAGAAAUUGUGUGCCAUCUUCACCACAAACGUUUUUCUUCUACCACAUAAAGUCGGUAGGCAGGAGUGCCAAAAAAUGAAAUGUGAGUCUGUUAUGAGCAAGUGGAAUUGUGAACCAUUCUAAACGGACUUCAGUCUGGUGCAAAACCAGGACUGGUAGGAAGAUGAAAGCAACAUAAGGUGCCCUGUAAUGAGAUAACAAGAAUGCAGAGACUUCUAACCUGGAUCUGUAACUUCAGCUCCAUUCACACUCGUUUCCUAAACCCAGUAAAAAUUUGAACUGUCAGCAGGGGAAGGUUUUAAAGUGACAAUUAUCUGUCCUAGUUUGACACUCCUUUACAGAGUCCAUGUUGAAAGUGGCUAGGUUUGAUGUGAAGAACCUUUUCACUUGCUUACCUGGUUUCGCACCAUCCCAUCCAUGCGUGUUUUAUAAGGAGCAACCUUUUCGGGAAGAGAUUGUGUUAAGACUCUUGGCAAGUUUUUGUGAUUUGCUGUUAGGUAACAGACAUUUAUUAGGGUGUUUAAUUUUCCUUCAUUUUGCCAGCUGUGUGGAUGGGUUCCCAUGUAUACAGUAAGAGAAAUUGAGCAAAGGUAGUUUAACCAAAACUGUGCUGGUUCUUUUGCAUCUUGGCAUCUGCACCAUUGUUCUGUACAAACAUGGGACAGAAAGAAAUGUAGUGCAGUUAUGAGAUAAUGGUUUUAGACCUUUACUUCAAGAAAUUAAGGACUUGUAAACAAGCAACAUAUUUUUCCCAUACACACUGGUAAGGAUCUUUUCACAUACUGCUGUGUUGUAGGUUUAAUACUGCAGCAUGAUUAUGGUGCCAGACUCAUCUGACAUCUGUUUAAGGUUUAUUAGUCAGAAAUCUUCGGUUUAUAUAGGGUAUGUAUUUUGAAAUUGAAGUAACAUUUUCAGCCUGUAAUGCAACCAUGAUCUACAUAUCACUGUUGCCCAUCUGGUUGCAGCUAAGUCAGAGUGCCUUCAGUAUUGCAUUAUUUGAAAGAGUUUUCUUGUGAUGGGAAGUACUUUUCCUUGGAAAAGUACCCUGUUGUUUUUGUCGCACAGUCCUGUUCUGCUGUAGUGUGUGUUUAUAUUGAAAGCAGUGAUCUUUUCAGGACUAGUCCAACAAGUUGGUGCCCUGCUGUCUAACCGUAGGGAUUUAGUUUCCCCAUCCCAAAAAAAUAAAAAAAUGUAGUUAACUUCCAGUGUAUUCUUAUAGAAUGCAAAAAAGCAAGUGUCAUAGUUGCAAAACAAUUUCCAUCAGUAUUAUGACACCUGUUUGCCUUGUGUUCCCAUAUUGGGGAAAUGAAAGUGAUUUAAAGUGGAGUAAACUUGUUUUAACAGUUUUGUCAAUAAAAUGAUGUAGCCGUU